AUGUCACUGCAACAUGGGGUACGCUGGCAAGGAAAUUGUCAUACUUACUUGGCUAAUGGCUCCCAGCACACUCCUCCUCUCUUUUCCCUAUCCUCAAAGACAAAGAUUGAGAAUAGGCCUUCUUUCCUCUUCCCUGUCUCCCAUGGCCUUCCUUCAUCCCUCUGCACAUGCUCAGUGCUCUCACUGGCCUACAGCAUUCCUUGCAGACUGCAUCCAUGGCAACCUGCUGGGCAACCAAGAGUCAGUUGGGCUGAAGCACUGGGCCCCAACUGUCAGAAGGUAUCUGAGACUGAGGCAGAGCCUGGGUUUCAAGCUGUGGUCUCUCGGAAGGCCAUGCAAUCCUCUACCCAGCUCGGAAUGCCUUUGCCCAAAUACUGCAGUGUGGCCACAACACUGAAGACCCCUGGCUGUAACUGUGCUGCUCCAUUCUGGGAUCUCUCCUUCACCUGCCCCUUUGCCCUCCGAGAACCCUACAUCCCCAGGCACCAUGCUCUCACAAGGUAUUCUUCUUAUCACCAGUAUCUCCACAUUGCUGACCCAGCAUGGCAGGGGCCUGGAUGGCUGGGAAGAGUUGGAGGUGCCACUGACACUUGGGUCCUGGCUAGAAGGGAACCAGAUGGCUUUUAUUACCUGGCUCAAAUAAAGGCAGCUCCAGAGUUAGAAAAGCAGGGGAUCCUGCUUGUGGAAUAUGAAGUUCCCCUUGUAAUGUGCCCAAACCUGCCACCCCAGAAGCAGAGUGUGGUCUUAGAAGAAGAUGUCAUUCAACUCUCACCAUCCAGAGACUAUUCACUGCAACCUGGGGACAAGGUGCUGGCACCCUGGGAGGCAGACCGACAGCGGUAUGGUCCUGGCACUGUUCUCUUAGGCUUGGAGACAAAAGAUCCUCAGAGAGCAUCAAAGGAAGAAAUCACUGUUCACUUCUGGAAUGGCAAGACAGCUAAAGUACCUCAAGGUGGGGUCAGGUGGGUGCCCCCUGCUGCCUGGAAGAAGGCUGUGGAGAGGCUGCACUGGCCUUGCACCAGGGAGGACCUCAGUCCGCUCCUCUGGGCCCCUUGCUGCUCUCUGUUGGGGCCAGUCACUGGAUGCACCACCAACCUGCCUCCUCUGGAUGCUCCUUUCCUGUGCCCUCCCUGCCAACCCCAUGCCUGCUGCCGGCUGCUGUGCCAGGGCUGCUUCUGCUGCUGUUCCUUGAUGGGCCCCACCUGGUGGCCUCUAACUAGGACUUCAGAGAUCACAGCCAGGGAAUUCCUGGAGUCAGGACUGAAGCCCACAGCACAACUUUUGCCUCUGGAGGGUUCUAAAGAGGAGGCAGUAGCAGUGCAUGCUCCCAUGGCUAUUUCUUCCUCCUCCCCUUCUUCUUGUGAAGAGUCAGAUAAUGAGCUGGAGAUGGGCCUUCCCCAGAGACUGAUGGUGAACAGCGCAGUCAACACUGACCCCAUCCUUCCUGAGAAGUGUUGGAGGCAGAGUGGCCCCUGCCAGCCUGAGUGGAGGUAUUGGAGGAGGAAUGGAUCUGAACCACGUCCUGGGAAACCAGGAAUAAGAGGUUGCAACAUCUGGAAAGAGAAGGACAACAAACAGCAGAGAGUACAAACUGCAGUAGUGAGGACUACCAAGGAGCUGACCCUGAAAGCAACCAAUAUGAAGCCACUGCAGACCCUGCCAGAGGAAGCUGAACAUAGAAAACUAAGUCAGGGACACAUCCAAGGGACAAGAAUUCCCAAGAAUUCAAACUAAAAGCCCUGGGUGGUCUAGAAAAUCAAAGGAUUAUGAUGGUAAAUACCUAACGAAGAGUUAUAAAGAGUGGCUGACAAGACCUUCUUCAAUGGAAGGUAGAACACAGGCUGCAGGUGAGAAUCAAGUAAGCAGCAGCAUCUUCACCCCAUUAAGACUUCCCUGCAGAUGAGCAGCAGGAAGGCACCACUCAUAAGGGGCACAGGAGCCAGUGGCUCUGUCUGGUGGCACUGCUUGAGAAUGCCACUUCCACAGAGGCCACUUUGGAAGACCCAUAGUAGACCUGCUUUGGGCAAAUGUCUCCACAGCAUCUCUGCUGUCUUUUCAUAAAACCUACAGUUGUACAUGGGGAACAUUGACCUCUUUUUAAUAGCAAUAAAAUGAAUUCUCUGUUUCCAAA